AUGAAAGCUCCAAGAUUAGGAAGUGAAGAGGUUUUAUGUUCGGAUAGGAUUAGUCACUUACCUAACGAUUUGCUUUUCCGAAUACUUUCGUUUAUUCCGGCAAGACAUGCCAUCUCCACGAGCUUAUUGUCUAAACGAUGGAAGUUUGUGUGGAAGAUGAUGCCAACAUUUGAUCUUCAUGAAAACUAUAUUCCCGAAAUUGACUCCCUUCGAAUUGAAAUUUUUUGGGGCAUGUACUUGCAAUCACUUGAAGCUCCGGUUCUUACGAGUUUGAAUCUCACAGUUAGGAGUUCUAGCAGAAAUAUUAUAGAUCGUCUGUUAUCAAAAAUUCAGUCCACUAUUCUGGAGAUCACAAUCACUUCUAUUUUUCCAAUGUUCAUUUCUAUCAGAUUCUCAUGGUAUCUUAAUUUCUGCCAAACACUUGUCGUGAUGAAACUCCAAUACAUUGAAGUUGACAUUGAAGUUGUGGAUGUUUUAACCCCGGUUUGUUUCCGGGCCUUGAAAUGUUUGCAUCUCACCGACGUGAUAUACUCACGCAAAGAAUAUUUUCCCACUCUUUUAUCAGCUUGUCCUGUUCUUGAAGAUCUAUAUCUCUUAAUCGAAACAAACCGCUGUAACCGUCUUGACUCGUUUACCAUAUCUGUCCCUUCCUUACAGAGAUUGACUAUAUGUGAAGAGACAUUCUCCCGCACCAUGUAUGCGAUAAAUACUCCUUCUUUGAACUACUUAAAAGUUGCGGGUGGUUUUCUCUCUAGCUCUAAGUUUGUUGAGGAUAUGCCCAUGUUAGCUGAGUCACAUGUUGAUAAUGAUUAUGAAAAUAAGAAUAAGAACAUCCUGAGAUUUCUUACCUCUGUUGAACGUCUUUCAAUACACUUUUUCUCUUCAAUGGUUCUGGAUCUUACCGACAGUAUCUUCCACCGCCUUCUUCAUCUCGAGCUGUAUUUGGACAACGGACUUCAUGGGAAUCUAAUUCUGAGUUUGCUCAAACAUUCUCCUAAUCUAAAAGCUCUCAAAGUCAACAACAAGAAACCUUCAAAAUCUCUCAAUGAUCAACAGACACCUGUUAGUAAACCGGAUACUGUUCCUGAGUGCUUGACCUUCCAUCUUGAAACUCUUGAGUGGCGAGGAUAUGUAGGAAGAUCGGAAGAUAAAGAAAUAGCUGAAUACAUUUUGGAAAACGCUCGUUGUCUAAACAUGGCUAUGAUCUCUCGGUUUUUCCCCUCUGAUCACUAUCGCCAUCGUAACGGCCUGAAGAAGGACCGGAGGAUCGUGAAGGAGUUAAAAUAUAUAUAUAAGGCGUCACCUUCAUGUCAACUUGUAAUUCAGCGCCAGCAUAAUCCGUAG